CGACAAACUCUGUAUUUUUGCUUCGUGCAGCAUUUUCGCUUCUUGUUGGUUUCGCAGCUUCGAGGCACGUCUUGUUGCGGUUUACCUUGACGCAUCUUUCCGCAGUUUCCCCUCAGGUAAGUGAAGUUUUGUUGAGUUAUUCGAACUUCCCGCAGCAAAUAGGUCUAAGGCAACUUAUCAUGAUAUCAGAAAUCUAUGUAGCGGUGUGUUUUCUAGCAAACAGACGCUUCGUUUCGCUCCGGCUUCGAUAACGACUUAUGUCGGAUCAAAUCAGUUGCCUGUCUCAGGAGAUUCAACUUCUCUGUGCGCCCAGAUUUGAGACUUGUAUAUGGCGCACCGUUUGUUUCAAAAUUAAUUUUUUCAUUGGUUAUAAAUUUUUAAUCUUUUUCUGUUCUGAAUCAUGGAUUUAAGCGCUUAAAAUCAGAAAGAAGGACUCCUUGAUCUCUCCAUCAUUGCUUUUUCGUCGUCAUUAUUAGAAACACCUUAGUAGUUUACUAUGAACUCCAAUCAAUCAGUUGUGCGGAUCGGAUUUACCGACCAGUUAUCGAUCAAUUGAAAUAUUAUUAUAUUGUGCUAAUUUUCUACCAGAUACACGUAAAAUCGAUCAGCUAGCAUAUCAUCAAUCGGUAAUCUGUCGUGUAAAAUCGACCAUAUAUCCGUAAUCAAUGACAAGCUGUCUCAAAUUUUGAUCAGUUUUGCUGACAAGCGAUCAGUUCAUUAUCAAUCAGUUGUCGGGUACUAUACUAUUGAUACAUUGAUCAGCGUAAACCCGGCUUGUACAAAUCUACCAGUUUUACGUAUUUUAUCCAGUUGGGCUUGAAAUGGAUCAGUCGAAUGAUCGAUCAGUAGUGCGUAUCUUCAUUCAGUUGUGACUAAAAUCGAUCAGUUGUUAUAUGAUCGAUCAGUAGUGCGUAUUUUCAUUCAGUUGUGACUAAAAUCGAUCAGUUGUUAUAUGAUCGAUCAGUAGUGCGUAUUUUCAUUCAGUUGUGACUAAAAUCGAUCAGUCGUUAUAAGAUCGAUCAGUAGUGCGUAUCUUCAUUCAGUUGUGGCUAAAAUCGAUCAGUUGUUAUAUGAUCGAUCAGUAGUGCGUAUUUUCAUUCAGUUGUGACUAAAAUCGAUCAGUUGUCAUAUGAUCGAUCAGUAGUGCGUAUCUUCAUUCAGUUGUGACUAAAAUCGAUCAGUUGUUAUAUGAUCGAUCAGUAGUGCGUAUUUUCAUUCAGUUGUGACUAAAAUAAAUCAGUUGUCAUAUGAUCGAUCAGUUGCGCGUAUUUUCAUUCAGUUGUGACUAAAAUAAAUCAGUUGUCAUAUGAUCGAUCAGUUGCGCGUAUUUUCAUUCAGUUGUGACUAAAAUAAAUCAGUUGUCAUAUAAUCGAUCAGUAGUGCGUAUUUUCAUUCAGUUGUGACUAAAAUAAAUCAGUUGUCAUAUGAUCGAUCAGUAGUGCGUAUCUUCAUUCAGUUGUGACUAAAAUAAAUCAGUUGUCAUAUGAUCGAUCAGUUGCGCGUAUUUUCAUUCAGUUGUGACUAAAAUAAAUCAGUUGUCAUAUAAUCGAUCAGUAGUGCGUAUUUUCAUUCAGUUGUAACCUGAGAUCAGGCUCAAUUUUCGUUUCGCUUUGUAAUAACAUUCCGGCUGGCAAGGCGAAACGAAAAGAGAGCCUGAUACAAACCUUUAACGAAAUGUCUGCCGCCCACUUUUUUGAUUGACAUUUGCCGAAUCAGCCAAUCAGAAUUACUUCCGUUGCUUGUUUUUCUAGUAUGCAAAUUUUUCACGCGUGGGAAAUAUGCAGACUGGCUGAUUAAAAAAUAGCUUUUAUCUGUUAACUUUUUUAGCUAAAAAUAAGACAGUCAGCACAAUCACAUUUAAGAGAGUGUCUCUGUAAGAGCGGUCCGGUCGAUUUUGCUUGAGACACAGAUUUAGCUCAUUUCGUGUAUGUUGUAAGACAUUCAUGUACCUGUACUAAAACCACAAUCCGUUUGAUCGGAUCUCUUUAUUUUUCAGAGUUUUACGGAAAUUAAAUUUCACUCGAGCGAAGGCCUGUCGUGACACUUUUCAAGACUUUAAUUUGAGACAACUUUGGAGGACAAUUUACAAAAAAGUACGGGACUCAGCAAAAAUCAAAUACCACAGACAUGUAUAAUAACUCUGUCUUAUCCAUCGAGGCGACUUUCGUGAACAUCACGUUUCAAUCAAGCAAACAGGAAGACUUGAACGACACCUUAUCGGUUCGCUUAAGUCACACACGCGAAAACCGAUCAAAUUCAAGGUACAUUUUUGAAAAAGUGAGGCGUUCUUAUUUGAUCCAACUAAUAUAGCUAGGAAGUAGGUGCCAUAGAAAAGGUAACUACAGAAAAAAACUUUGCGGCCCGACCUUUACUACAACUUUAUAACUCCGUGAACUUACCUAAUUUUCGGCAAUCUCCAAGUUCUGCCGCCAUUUUGAGGGACUUGUCAACAUGAAGCGUAGCAGAUAUAAAUCGAGCAGGUAGAUCUAAAACGGUCAGAAAUACAUACGAAAGCAUUCAAAUGAACUUCACUUUCUAUUUAGGGGGCAAAAUUUGAAAUUGUUUGUUAAACCUAUCAUUCCUACAUCCCCAUGGGACCAUUAUUUCUUCCAACAGGCCUGCUUCCAACAAUUCAAACACUACAACUAGUGACCACUAGUGUUCGAAUUUCCCUUGUCGAUUCCACCGUAAGAAAUAACCUGUGCCACCCAAGCUUCGACUCGAAUGUGAAGUACGAAUCAACAACAUAACUGCGUCAUCUUCGAGACCAUAUCACACUGGUAUUUUGAUUUUCUGAUCGACAAGAACGGUGAUCAGGAGGUGAUCGCCAUGUCUACCUCAUAAACGUGACCGCUGACCAGCCGCUGAAUGAAAACAGUACGGCGCAGGGUGGUGUGGGUGGCGGACUUAUCGUCAUAAGAUAUUCGAAUACACGCUAAAAAAGCUUUAGGACUCUCAGUCUAAACAGUGAAGGCAUGCUUCGUGGUACAGACAACUUUUAUUUUAUUCUCGUAACUUUUUCUUUUAAAUUAGAACUGGUAUUAAUUAAUAGAGUCAUUUAAAUAUUUUUAACCGAGGUACCCAUAUGACCUUUUUGCUUGUCCUCAUUGGUAUAAAAUAAGGUGUCUUUUCUUCCAGAACCUUUUAUUUAUGCGUUAUUGCACGGAAUGAACAUUAUACUUAGAAGGUUUGUUCUAAAUCAUUUUUGCUGUUCCCAAGAAUGUAUGCAAAAUCAUUGCUUUAUACAAAGCUGACUCUAAAAUAUGAUUUUCCGUAACAGUAACCAAUGUCAUUUACGUAAGGUGUUAAUAAAACUAGCAAUGUACAAUUUUUAGCGUUUUCCAGUUAUAAGCCUGACAUACAAUUGUCAAGUGAACUAUGUUAGUUUCAGCUCAUUCCUUGAUUCGAUGUGACCUUUUAUCACUAAACCCCAUUCUUUUCAUUUACAAUUGUCACAAGGUUGAGCCCGCAAGGCAUCUUGGUCUAUGGCAGUUUUAGGCCACCGUCAAAAAUUUUUCAAUUUGUUUUAAUUUCAUUUACUUUCAGUUGACUUCGCUUUGAGAUUAAUUUCAUUUAACACAGAAGGUUUUGAUUUCCUUUCAUUUUCAUUUUCAUUUUAAAUUGUUUUGAAAAUGAAAUGAAAUGAAAUAAAAAUAAAAAAUAGAAUAAAAUGAAUAAAAUAAAAUAAACAAAAUGAAAUAACUAAAACCAUUCAUAUAAAAGGAAAAAAGCUGAAAAUAUAACAAAAUCCGUAUGGCAGCUCUAGGCCACCAUACAUGUCUGUAGUAGGUGGCCAAAUGAACAAUAUUCACCCCUGUUGUGCAAGUUGUUAAAUUUGCCAGGAUUAUGGAACGGAUUGAUGAAAUAAGCAUCAAGAGGAUUCAUUUUGAAGAAAAGAUUAGAGGACAUUUUUUAUCUAUUUGCCUACAGAGUCAAUGAUUUAUCACACCUAGUUGUUUCGAUCAUAUUCGAAACGAUAAAUGUCCUAAUGACAGUAGACGCAUCAUUCCAUUUGUUGCUUCUGUUCCUAGUUUCUGGUUCCUCGCAGGAAAGCAUGCCUUAGAGAACUCUUCGAUAGUUUGUCAUGUGCCGCUUUAAAUGUUUUUUUUUAUAGAUAUCCUUUAUCUUUGAAAGCUAGGACAUGUGGUAAUUGAUUUCCUAUGCGUGGUUGCUUCUUGCUUCAGAUAAAACUUUGAUCAGAUCGUAAGCAUUAUAUAUUUGUUCUUGUAUUUCUUUCAUUUUUGCCUUGUCGUGAGAGACCACUGCCAGCGGGGAAAUACAUGUUCUUUUCAAGGUUUUAAUUUCCGUAGCUUUUUAUAAGAUGAGUCGAAGCAUCGUAGCUGAAAUGUCAUCUUGACUAUGAUCAAUUUACUACUAUAACUAUUUAUUUCACGCUGGGUCUUGCCCAGGUUUAUAAUAUUUCAGAUCAUUGUUUUGUGGCGAUACUUGAGUUAUUAAUGAGCGAUUGUCAGAGAUUUGUGAAUCAGUCAGUCACCACCUUUUGUCAGGGCUGGUUAAAUUGAAAUAAAUAAGUGUGAGUGUAAUGUCUUUAAGCUACAUUUCCUUUCGCUGUAGCGAUUAUUUUGUCCAGGUUUUGUUUAUGUCAUGUAUUACCGCAUUUUAUAAAGCGAAACCAAAGGCCCACAUCACAUACAUAGCUUAAGAAGCAAUUGCUUCAUAAAGAAGUCAGCAUUCAAGGUCGCAGGAAACCUUGUUAUAGUCGUGAAAUUCAUGUUCCAAAGCAUAUUCGGUAACUCUCGCCAAAAUCGAUCCAAGACGUGCCAGCACGCGAGAUCACAAGGAGUCACUGGAACUGUAUUCUAUCCUUUGAUCUGAUUGGCCAACAUCAAAACAAAAGCUUUUAUGUCAUGGAAAUCGUUUUGUCACUCGGGUUCGGAGACAUUAUGAAUAUUCCUAUUUUUCUGCCAAUUUGAGGCUGAAAAUAUUCGUGUAAUAUUCUUAAUUGUAGCUUAUGACAUUUCUGUUUAAGGAUUUAUUCGGGCCAGACUGCAGACAACAAAGACUGAUAUGAUGCUUUAUUUGCAUUGAGCAUAUGGCUUUUUGUUUUACUUGUCUCCUAGUUUUGUUAUUUAAAACAGAAAGAAUUUAUCAUGAAAAAUUUUGUGGUUUUGUUCAUGUCUUUUGCAUUGUACAUAUUUUGUACUGCACAAAUACAUUACAUGUCUCGCUCAUCAUUGAACAUUUUGGCUAUCGCUAGUGAAGAGUGUUUCGUUUGUUUGCUAGUUUUGCCGUUUAGAGAAAGGAAUAAUUUUAUACAAGUGAAAACCUAUCAUUGUAUUGUAUUUACAGAUUUUCAAUGCGCGAAAUUAUAUUCUUUUUACAAUUUCACCCUCAGGUUUAUUCUUAAAAUAUUCUUAAAAUUUUGCAAAUUUCAGCCUCGAUAUUCUUAUAAAAUAUAUUCUUAUAAAAAAGAAAGAGUGUAAUGUGAAGUGAUUUACUUUACGCAAAUAGUUCAAUGUAAUGUCAACGAUUUGAUUGAGAGACAAAUGGGUUAAAGCAUACGUAAAUAGUUCAAUAUAAUGUCAGUGAUUUGAUUGAGAGACAAGUGGUUGAAAGUGUACACAAAUGAUUCAAUGUAAUGUCACAUGAUUUAAUCAAGAGGCAAAUGGUUUACAAUUGUUGGCACCGAAACCACUAAAAAUACAAGAGUGAAAUAGCAGGUGCGUAGAAGGGGGGGGCGGUCGAGGGGUUCGAACGAACCCCCUUUGCAGGUCAAUGAUGGAGAACCAAAAACACAAGCAGUUAAUUUUCACCUUUUUUUAGUGGAGGAAUGGAGAACAAACUUUGAGUGUGUUAGCUCAGUUUAAAUUUUCCCUGCAAGAAAAUGUUAACAGUAUCAGGAAAGUCUUAUGGGUGCAAAUAAAAAUUGUUAAGAGUUUGAGUACAAAUGAAAUUCCAAAGUUCUCAGUAUUUCCCACUGUUAAGAAAUAUUAGUAUCAGUACGAACACUCCUUCUCGAACCCCAGCUACAUGCCUGAAUGGACAAGUCAAGAGUUAAAUAGACGAGUCAAGACUGAAGUGGGGUCUGACGUAAUGUUCUUUAAUUAUCCAUAGAUGGCAUGAAAAGAUGUUGACAAUGCUCCUACGCGGCUAUGCCCCGGACCGUUUGCAAUUCAAUUCAAUUUAAUUCUUAAAGAGCAGUUUUUAUUUUUUGUACCUAUUUUUGUUUGAAGUCAGCAAGAUAGGCAGUUAGUUAUAAUAUCAAAUUCUGAUGGAAAUACCGUGUAUAAAUAAAGUUAUCUAUCUACAUUUAUACUUGCCAAAAAUUUCGGACGUUUAGUUUUCGGACACUUUUUUUCUCAUUUCGGACAUAUUUUGGACCAAAAUUUCAGACACUUUGCUGAAACAUGGCAUAAGUAGAUUUACGCCUAUAACACAUGAACAUAAACUGAAACAACAUCUGUGAAAUUGAUAAUUUUACCGUACCCUCAAGGUUUUUUGUAAACGCAACAAAAAUUUCGGCUUUCCAGUGAUAUAAAGAACAACACUAAAGCCUAUAAUCCGAGUUCUAGCUUUGUAUAUCAUGUAUGUUGGCCUUGAAUACAUGUGAUGGCGUUGCCCAAGAAAGUACUUAAAAGUUUUAUACUGUACAGUAAAAAUUUUGGCCGCGUAAAAAUUUUGGACGGUUUUAUUUUCGGACACUUUUUUGUCUAAAAUUAAACUCGUCCGAAAUUUUUUUGCAGGUAAUGUAUCUAAGGGCUGGUCAUUUGUUAGCUGUGGGGGGUGUGGGGGUAGCCAUUUUACUUUCACAACAAGCUGUAAAUCCGGUAAGCUGUGCUGUCAAUUUCGUCUAGGUCUAUUCUUUCUUGCACACACAGAUUACCCUUCAGGCAAAUUUUAAAGAUGAUGUGUUUUGUGGGUCGAUUUUGCUGUUUUAAAUUGUAUUCUUUCCAUGAGUUAGUGACAGGCAAGGCUGUGCUCUAACAGUGCCCGGUCGCCUGAGGCGACUAACAUUUAGCUUCGGGCGAGUGAAAAAAAAUUCCCAGCCGCCCAGUCAACCUCGUCCCCAGGGCUUUUCCCUCAAAAAAUGGGUGGGGCGGGAAAAGGCCCUGGCAUCGGCUGGUCACGUGUCUCCUCGUACACCCUAAAAUCCUGGGUGUAAUAAAUUAGCGCCCUGUGAAAAGCUAAAAUUAUGCGUAACCUCACAGCGCACGAUCUUAGGCGACCUUUUAUAUCUCUUGACGAUUAACGAAAAGUUUUACAAGGUUUCCUUUUUGUCACAGAUACUGGCUAUGGUAAUUUUUUGCUUUCCUCCGAUGUCUAUGAAGGGGACAGCGAGUAACAUUUGUAAAACUUCUGUUUAUAGAGCGGUAUAAAUGACACAAGCUAUCGUACAUGCAUAAAGGUUGUACUGGAAAAGCCAGCUUUCUCGACUCUUCUGAUAUCUUAUUUCAUUUCUUGCGAAGUGGGCCGCCGUACACAGCCUUGUUCUAUUCACCUUAACUCUCAGCCAUAUCAUAGCGACACGCGUUGGUUUAGACUUAUCCUGUAUGACCCCGGGUAUGACCCGUAUUUUUAAAAAAAAUCAUUGACCUCUGCGAUCAAACGACUGGCAACAAAGAAAGACUUGGGUCCAUUUAAAAUCGACAGAGCAGUAAUUGAUUCCAACCGAUCAGUCGAUCUUCUCUUGAAUAUAAGGAAAAUCCUUUGUACUUAUCCUCGGAAGAGAAAAGAUAUAAGAGGUAUUGAAAUGUUUCAGAUCGGCGACCUGUCAUCGUUCCUGGCUGGAGGGUUGACUUGCAUCCGGCGCCGAGAUUUGUUUGUUUUAUGGUCGGGUUGUAGAGAAGACCAGACUCCAUAAACCAUUUUGAUGAACAAUUCUAUUUCAAUUAAGUUCAAUUUGUUUAAAUUCACUGCAGAUCCUGUAGGCAAAGGCCCGCAUUUUUGUUUGACAUUGGACAAAAUCACUUUCCGCUUGAUCGUACAGUAAUUCCACAGUCACGAUGAAGUUUAGUUGAAGUACUAGUCGAUAACAGCCAACGCUGAAGCAUUUGACAUAUUUUGUACGCCCUGUCAUAAACUUCUAGCAUUUGAAUAAUGCGCAGUUAAAUUGAUCUUAAGCUUUUGAAUCGCACACACGCGAAAAUAUUGACACAGUUCGCGAUGUUAUUAUUUUUCAUUGUUACUCCCUUCUGUCAGCGCAAAACCAGCGGGUUACAUAUAAAUUAGCUUCUCGCGAAUAUUUAGGCUGUACACGUGACCAGCCGAUGCCAGGGCCUUUUCCCGCCCCACCCAUUUUUUGAGGGAAAAGCCCUGGGGACGAGGUUGCCGCCCAGUGUACCGCUUCUUCUUCUUCUUGUACUGCUUCAAAAUAGUUUUAAAAUUUUUCCUUUCAGAUAGAAUGGUUUAUUAGGUACAGUUUUUAGGAGAAAAUACUUUUCUGACAGGUGUAGAGCACGGCUGGUGACACAGAGUAAUUUAUUCCGUGGGAUGUCUGUGGCAGUCCCACGGUAAAAAUCCUCUUUGGUUUGUUUUUCAUGGUACGAACAAAUUGCAAAGCCAGCCGAUAGGAUUGCGUAAAAUCUCUAUCGAUUAUUUCUUCUUCCAAGUCGACCAAUGGGAUUGUACAAAAUCUUUAUCGAUUUUUAAUCGAUUUGCUUUCUCUGAAGAACGUUUCAGAACGUCCUUGCCAAAUUUGUCGUUUGUCAGUUUUCCCACUCGGGGUUUAGGAUGGUUUGUUAACCAACAAAAUCCUUUGGGAUACUGGCAAGUCAAGGGAGGCGACCUAGGCCAAAUUAUUUCUUUUUAUUUUAGGUUUUUUCCCUUUCAUGAUUCUCUUUUGUUUAGGUCUAGCUUUUUCUUAAGGUUUUAGUAGCGUCUGGUUGGAGGGAUGUGAUUUCAAAUUAUAGAUUUUUCUAGUCGGAGUUCACCAGUUUUUGCCGAGCAGAGCUAGAGUUCAGUUUUUUCUUUUCAUAUCGAAAACACCUUGACGAUGGGAGGUUAAAUCGCGCAAAUUUCAACUUGUACCCUUGAUGAUUGGCGGUGAAAUCACGAAAAUAUUGUCUUUGUCGAUCGAAGAGCCCCUUUCGACAUAGAUUGGACUUCUGGAUGGGACACGGAUACGGACCUUAGCGAACUUGUUAUACCUUGGAAUCAUGGAUAACCAUUGGAACUAUGUUAACUUUGAGACCUUGAAAACACAUUGCAAUUAACUUUUAACCGGGUCAAGAGCAUCUUGGAGUAUUAAACUUUCAUCUUGGAUUAAAACACUGGAACUUAAUCAAACUUUGUAACCUUGGAUAGAGCAAACGGAUGUUUUGUUUUGUUUUGUUCCAUUAACCUAAAACUGCAAUGUUUAUUUCUCUUUGAGAAAGUUACCUGUGGCAACUUACUACCAAGAUAUGACGUAUCUUUAUACAUAUAGUUCCUGUUAGGUUCAUAAAAGUAUUAUGUUCUCCAUUACUUGUUUCCGUGAAUAUUCCAAUUUAAGUUACACGGGUAAACCUUUUUUUGAUGCAAAAUCACUGGCUUCUUUUUCUUUUUCCCAAAUCGUGCAAUGAAAAUAACUACAUGGCGAUAGAUCAAAACAAGAUAAACUCCAUCCUUGCGACCACUGACAACUAUAAAUUCAGUCAUAAGCACAUUAAACCAACCCACACAGGUAACCUACUCAUCGAUACUCAUGACAUGACACAUCUUUCCGAUUUCCCUAAUUUUUCCAAAUUCAGAUAGAAUGCCAUUAUGCUUCCAUAGACCAAUGCAUUCCACGGGAACGACUUUAGGCGUCUUGUUUUCGUAUAAAGUGGAAGUUGCUCUAUUGACCAGUAUGCAAACUUAAUAUUUUUACGGUUUUUGGCUGUUGUGUCUUCUUGGCUAACACAUAACUUAUGAUUGUUUUCUUGUUUCAAUAAUUGAGCUUCUUUUAAGAUAAUAAUUAUCUUCAAAGAAACUCAAUUAUUGAGAUUCACUAAUAAUGUAGAAAAGAAAAUUAAAGAUGACUUAUUUUUUAUUAAAACAAUAGGUUUGCGGCCGCAGCAGUUUCAAUGUUUCACUGUAUUUUUCAUGGGAACUUGAGUUUGAUCUGCCAUGUAAACUCUGUCACUUUAUAUUUCAUGCCACAUUGAUUCACCUUUUGAAAAUUUAUGUUCAAGUUUAGUAUUACUGGUAAAAUGCACAGUUUUCCUAUGUUUGACCCAAACAUCUUAAUGAAGUUUACAUAAACCUGCUGAAAUUUUUUAUUUUUCCCUCUUUAAAACCUAAACAAUUCCGCGGCAUUGCUCACGUUUCUGGUUUUAAAUCUGAAUGGCAUGAAAACUUGGAUGGGUUUCAUAAGACAACAUUCAGGUUUUUGUCGCACCCAAAAGCUAAAAUUGCCAGUUUUGGUGAUCAGCAGGCUAGUAAGAUGAGUGUGCUUACAAAAUACUUCUUCAUCAGAUUUACUCGGGCAACCAACUUAGAGGCCUGGGCACCCCAGCUGGAAUGUUUGGUGCCCGAAGGGCCCCCUGAAAUUUUUAUUCGGGUGACCAACUUUGAGGUCUGGGUGCCUUAGGGCGAAGUACAAAAAAAAUAUUCGCACAAGGGAAAAUUAAAUGAAAAAAGUUUAUGCACGCCAAUUAACCCUAAAAAAUUUUCAUGCUACAGCCUAAAAAAAAAAUUCCUGCGGCUCAAAAAUUCCCCACCUACCCCCAUAACUUUUCUAAUGGUCCGUCCCCAACCUUGGCAUGUUUUUUUGAUGGGGUCACUUUCUCAAAAUAUAAAAUCUGUGGGGGGCAAGAGAGAAUAAGGUGGGGUCAUUUCUAAAAAGCUAGGAUGAAUUUGGGGGGGAGGUUUGAAAAUAUUCUCAGCUUUCCCAAAGUGGCUCCCCCUCCCCCCCUCACAGCUUACAAACCACCAGGGCCCAGUUGUUCGAAGGCCAAUUAGCGCUUAACCCAGGGUUAAAUUUAACCUGGGUUUCAUUUUCUAGUGUUGAAAAGCAUUUUCUCGGAUAAUUUCCUCUGUUAUUUUUAGAGCUUCCAAUCAUCAACUUGAAGACAAAAAGAAUUAAAACCGACAUACUUUUUAAGCUUUCAAAUCUCAAUUUAAAUCUCGCACUUAACCCUGGGUUAUCUUAGAUAGAUAGAUAACUUUAUUUAUACACGGUAUUUCCAUCAAAAUUUAAUAUUAUCAGAAACUACCUAUCUUCCUGACUUCAAACAAAAAUAGGUACGAGAAAUAAAAACUGCUCUUCAAGAAUUGAAUUGAAUUGAAUUGAAUUACAAACGGUCCGGGGCAUAGCCGCGUAGGAGCAUUGUCAACACCUUUCGCACCAUCCAUGGAUAAUUAAAAAACAUUAUGUCAGACCCCACUUCAGUCUUGACUCGUCCAUUUAACUCUUGACUUGUCCAUUCAGGCGCGUAGCUGGGGUUUGAGAAGGGGUGUUCGUACUGAUACGAAUAUUUCGUAACAGUGGGAAAUACUGGUUAUCAAGCUCGAUCGUUUCGCACAUGGUGUAUUGAUGGAUUAUAACGUAAACAAACCGAUUCUUGUUUGGCAGUAUCGUUUUAAGAUUAACAUCUACCAGUGAACAGCUUCACAUCUGACCAAAUCGUUUGUAGUUUAGGUGAACCAUUUCACACAAAAAAAACAGACUAUUUUAUUUUAAGAAUGAUCAUUUCUUUAUUAUUUGAACCAUUUCCUAAUUCAUCACUAGACCAUUUGCGUUUUGUCUGUGCUAUUUGACAUGAUUGUAUUUUUGGUGGUAAUAGCCGCCCAUACAAACGUCUAACUUUUUGUGAGACAAACCAAACUUAGUGAGUUAAGUUCAUGAAAAGUUCAACAUCUGGGUCAGUUAAGUUUCUCUGAAUGAGUUUGGAUCAUCUAACACUUUCUAUCCAUCUGCUUCUGACGGAUAGAACUUCUGAAGAUCGGGAAUCAGCUGGUUUCUUCCCCUUUCAAGUUCACCUAGUUUGAAUUUGACCCGGUGUUUAGACAAUGGCUAAAUUUGCAAUAAUUUUUGUCUACAGACAUAACAAAAAAUUAGCCGUUGAGCCACUUUGUAUUAUUACAAACGUAAAAUUUAGCCAUUAAUUAACGGCUAAAUUUUACUAUUUAUACUAACCAAGAAUUUAGCCAUUAAUUAACGGCUAAAUUUUCAUUAACUAUCUACACAAACGAAAAAUUUAGCCAUUAAUUAACGGCUAAAUUUUACUAUUUAUACUAACCAAGAAUUUAGCCACUAAUUAACGGCUAAAUUUUACUAUUUAUACUGACCAAGAAUUUAGCCAUUAAUUAACGGCUAAAUAUUUCCCACAUAUAUAAGGAGACGGCUAAGUUUUUCCCACUAUAUAAGUGUCAUGCAUUUUACUUCAACUAUCUAUGAAGAAACAGCUAAACUUAGCCGUUAUCUAACGGCUAACCAUUUCCCACUAUAUAAGUAUCAUACAUUUUUAGCCGUUAAUUAACGGCUAAAUAUUUCCAACAUAUAAAGAGACAGCUAAACUUAGCCGUUAUUUAACGGCUAACCAUUUCCCACUAUAUAAGUGUAAUGCAUUUUUAGCCGUUAAUUAACGGCUAAAUACUUCAAAUACAUAUCAAGAGACAGCUAAACUUAGCCGUUAUUUAACGGCUAACCAUUUCCCACUAUAUAAGUGUCAUGCGUUUUUAGCCGUUAUUUUGCCCCUAGCGUAGGGCAAUUGCAGUGGUUCUGAAAAACAAUUCCCAGGGAGGAGGGAUAAUUUCCAUGUCAUUCCAUGAUUGGGCUUUGCAUUUCUUUCCAAAUUGAAACUUUUCUUUCCUGGCAAAAGCCCCCUUCUCUACCACCCUUACUUAAAACCAAGUAGACCACACAACAAAAGUCGUUUGCCCACGGCCUUCUCCUGGUUUUACUGGCUUCUGACGUUCUUUAUCCUUUGAUCUUUCCUCACAACCAUUUUGAAUGAAGAGACAAAAAAAAGGCUGUGAGCGAGAGUCACGUGCUAGCAUAAACACCCCAUCUUGGCCGAAUCAAAUAACGGCUUAAAGAACCGCGGAGCAGUUCUUUUAAUGUGAGGUCCGGUGAGAAGCGGGGUCUAAUUUCGUCGUUCUCUUUUAUUUAUUUAUUUAUUUUAUUUAUUUUUAUUCCUCCAAUUCCUAGCUGAUACAUAGUUAUGUAAAUAUAACUAAGAAAAAUAAUAUAGUAAGAGAUAAAGAUUUACAAAGGAAAUAAACGCGUAAAAUAGAAAUUACAACACUUAAAUUGAAUUACAUUGUAUAUUGGAAGGAGAGGAGAGGGGCACAUCUAGAUAAACUAAUAUUGUGCCCCUUAAAGUUAUGUAUAACAAAGGACUUAAGAUUAUUAAUAAAAAAGGAAAGGAAAAAAAUGACAAAAUAGCUCAGAAAGUUAUAGAAGGGAUAUUGAUUCAGUAAUCUCUCUUUGAGGCCGUUUAGAAUUAAAUGUCAAAUUACUGAACCUCCACUGUAAUUUUCAGGGAGUUAUAAUAACUCCUCUAGUGGGGCUAAUUUAACUCCUUACAGUGGAGUUAUUUUUCGUGGAGUUAUUUUAACUCCAAAAAGGAGUUUAAAGAACUCUUUUUCAGGAGUAAAAGUGACCCCAGAUAUUGAGGAGUUAAAAUAACCCCAAAAAAGGAGUUAUCCUGUACCUAAAAUUUUUACUCCACUUUCCCUGUAAGGAGUACAAGUAACCCCAUUUCGGAGUAAUUUUAACUCCAAGACUGGGAGUAAAAAGAACUCUUUUUCAGGAGUAAAAAUGACCCCAAAUUCGGAGUUAAAUUAGGAGUUAAAAUAACCCCAAAAAAGGGGUUAUCCUGUACCUAAAAUUUUUACUCCAUUUUUGGAGUUAUAAUAACUCCCUAAAAAUUACGGUGUCCCCACCCUCUCCCCUGCGCGGUCCUUAUAGUUCGUACAUAUUAAGCUGUUAUUUAAUGGCUAAGUUGAACCUCCUAAAAAAUAUGGCUAUGUUUGACCUCCUUAAUGUAUAUAUGUUGAAAAUAUUUAGCCGUUAAAUAAUGACUAAGUUUGACCUCUCUCAGGUAUAUAUUGGAAUUAUUUAGCCGUUGAUUAACGGCUAAGUUAAACCUCUAUAAACGAAAAGGAAAUAUUUAGUUUGACCUUCUCUCUAACCUAUAGUGGAAUUAUUUAGCCGUUAAUUAACGGCUAAGUUUAACUUCCUACAUAUAUAUAAAAUGAAAUGUUUAGCCGUUAAGAAACGGCCAAGUUUUACGUGCUAUACAUAUGUGUAUAAGGAAUAUUUAGCCGUUAAUUAAUGGCUAAGUUUAACCUUCUUUCCAUAUGAAUAGGAAAUGUUUAGCCGUUAAUUAAUGGCUAAGUUUAACCUUCUUUCCAUAUAUAUAGGAAAUGUUUAGCCGUUAAUUAAUGGCUAAGUUUAGCCUUCUUUUCAUAUAUUUAGGAAAUGUUUAGCCGUUAAUUAAUGGCUAAGUUUAGCCUUCUUUUCAUAUAUAGAGGAACAGUUUAGCCGUUAAUUAAUGGCCAAGUUUAACCUUCUUUUCAUAUAUAUAGGAAAUGUUUAGCCGUUAAUUAAUGGCUAAAUUUUACCUACUGUACAUAUAUAUGGAAGGAAUAUUUAGCCGUUAAUUAAUGGCUAAUUUUCACUUACUACAUAUGUAGAGGAAAUGUUUAGCCGUUAAUUAAUGGCUAAAUAAUUUCUAUAAGAAGGAAAAUAUUUAGCCGUUAAUUAAUGACUAAAUUCUCGGUUUGUAGAAUAUACAAAGGGACUUUAUGGCUAAAUUUUUCUUAUAACUGUAGUGUAAAUUUAUUGCAAAUUUUGCAUUUACACUGACCCCCAAGUUCUAUCAAGUGAUACUUUUAACACACAAAUAAUUACCUAUCCUUUUCUCAGCAUUCAAGGUCCAGUUCGACUUUCGAUUUUGAGUUCACACCUCAAGUUUUUUCGAGUGUAACAUUUGUGUACAAAAUGCACGCAGCAAAAUUAUGCAUCAGUCCAUUCCAGCUGUGCCCGGCACACCCCCAAUGUGGCACAAAUUUAUAAAGUAGGUGGAACUGUCUCAACAGUUUUGUCCAAGGUUGAAGCAUGAUUACCUUGGGUACCACAGGUUUUUCUCGCGUGCAACGGAGCGGUGCUUUUUACCGUCCCCGUUGACCUUUGAGCUUUUUCUCGGAUUAUAUUUACGCCAAUCAAAUUGGAAGUUUCCAACUGUGAUCAUGUGGACCAGCACGUGAAGAAAUGUCGCAUGACUCACAUUAUCCUUCAAUAUAGAAAAACAAGCUGAAGUUUAAGAUUCAUACUUUUAAGAGAAAUCAUGACUGAGUUACAUGGCAAUUCUCCAUAGUUGAUGUAGCUUAAGUUUAAGCUGCAAUCCAUUCUUGGAGAUUUGAUCUGAAAAUCACUAUCUGUGACAAUUUAACAUCCUGCUAAAAACGCUAACGAGGGUGACAAAAUAUUGCAGGAAACCGUUACAUUCACGGACAAAAAGAAAAUUGCUUAUUAUUAUUAGUCCAGUCAAUCUAGGCAUUUUCGAGGCUCAACAUCAAACUAAUUGCAACACAAUUGUUUUCAACGUCAUGUAAGUAAGGGCGGCCUAUCUAGCAACAUACUAAAAAUCCGCCAAAAUCCGUUCGGCGGAACAUGUCAAAAUGAAGCAUUAAACAUUUUGAGCUUUUAGCACAGGGCACCCACGUUAGUUGAAAUUAUACGGUUAAACAAAAAAUGCACAAAAUGUGUUUGUUGCUUUUAUGGGAAAGUAAAACAAGAAAGAAUAACUGCUACCUAGUUUUCGCUGAUAAAAACGAAGUGGUUCUUUUUUCAAAAGGGAUGAAUAUUAAACACGGUUGGCUUUCGCACAGGAAGCCCAUGUUGCACUCAAGGAACCCCAAAACAACAGGAGGCUUUCAGAGUAAUAGAAUGAAUUGUUGGCUGUAAAACUGAAACAAAUUUAGUCGUAAGGCUUUAAAUCUGAAAAAUGAAAGCCGUUACUCGAUCAUUAAAAGAUAUCUUUUUAAUCAGAUUUCUUUAGCUGCAAGGGUAAGAAAAAUAUAUAUCAGAGCUGGAUUUUUGAAUAACGUUACAGCCAAAAUAGAGCUCUCCCCUCAAACAGUUUUUUCUUUCAACAACUAUCUCUAAAGAAGUCAAUAUAAAAACUAAGAGUGCAGCCAUUCUUCUUCUUUCUUCUCCUCGUUUCUUUCUCCUCGCUUUUUCUAUUUUUCCUUUCCUUGUUCUUUUCGAGGAGGAUUUUUGGGCUCAUUUUCCUUUCGGCUUUUGGUCCCUGUCUCAGUGAAAAGACUGCAAUUUUCGUUCGGUACGUUUUCAAAAUCCAGCAAGAUGAUGCUUUGGCUUUUACGGUUACCUGUACAUUAAUUUUUGUUAACGUACCAGCAUCCUAAAAUAUACAAGUUUCACUUUUUCGAAACUUUUCAUUUUCUUCUUGUUAAAAGUGAAUUGGAGAGGAGGAGAGGAUAGUUCUAUUAAUUCUUUACGACGCACAACAAUGCAGAGUUUUUGAGCAGGUUAAGCUCCAAUGCCAAUGAAUUUGAUGAGAGGGAAAUGCCUUUUCAUUAAAGGAAAAGCGUUGUUACGUUUGCAAAGGUUAUACAAAGUUAUCGUCCGUUGCACUCAUUUAGUUGCACGUAUCCCGCAGCAUGGAUGCAAAUUUUCUAGCUGACUGAAGGUGAACAAAAUAUCAAAUCAAACUGUUCACCAUCAGUCAGCUACUAAAUUUGAUUCCAUGCUGCAGGAUAUAAAAAAAAAAUAAGAAGCCUGUAAAACUAAAAAUACUUUCUGCAUUUCUGAUAUUGCGCCAAAAAAAUAAAAUAGAAUUACUAAUAUUUUUAAUCAUGUCAAUGCAGACCGACUAAUAAUUUCCCUUUUAAAUACCGUCAUAGAAAAAAAAUUACAGCUUGGAAAACAGAGUGUGAAGACAAACGAGUGGCUGGGUAACCUGUGCAAAGCCGUCAAGACGAAACACUGACCCAGGUGUUUCUCACAUUUAGUCGGCGUUUUUAAGCCAAAACUACCCAAAAUACAUUACCGAUGUUGUAUCGAAAAUUCUUGAGGAAAAAAAAUUAUCAAAUGUUUUAUCUGAAUUUGUGAUCUUCCUGAAAUUGGGUUUCCUGUGGUGAAAGUUGCAAAUCUUUAUUGUCAAUUUUUCGCAUGUUUCACCGAACCGAUUUUGGCGGAUUUUUAGUAUGUUGUUACAAAGCCACCCAACAAUUAAAUGGCGUUGAAACAAAUUCUGUUGCAAUUAGUUUGAUGCUAAACCACAAUUUGACUGGACUAUAUGCAGAUCCAGGAGGCACUUUGGAGAAAUUAAACAACCUAAAAUCCUUAUUUAGCCGCAAUGAAGACUUUUACAUUUCAAAAGAGGUCAAAGAAAGUGCUCUUGCAUAAAAGGGCAAAUCAUGCCGAUCAGAAACAAUAACUGCAGAAAGUCAAUAUGCGUGUCACGACCUCUCAGUGUGAAAUAAGCGGCAAAAAUCAAAUUUGCUCAGUCAAAACGUGUUCCUCUAGAGCAUAGUCUACCCGCCAGAGAAAAAAUAAAUUCAUUGGAACAAGCAGCAUUUUGGCACGAGGUAAAAGUCGUGUGUUGCCUACCGACGCCCUGUUUAUACUAAAAAUACAUGUUUUGUUUAUAUAUUCCUAAUCCACCAAUACGAAUUAUUUCAAAACAUGUUGUAAUCGUUUCCUACACCAUCAAACCGUUCUAGUACACUGCUUAUGCUUUCCUUCAAUGCUCUUUCAAAACUUUCCGACGCUGCCAUCACAACACUUCUCGCAGGUACACUUACGUCAAGUCAACAGCACAGUUGGAAAUAUUCUUUCACCGGCUGGUCUAUUCUUGUCAACCAAUUGUAGCGUCUGUUAGUUUCAAAGUCCCCAAGGUGGUCGUUAGGAGCCAAUCAGCCGUCUUGUCCAAAAUCUGGACCAACUGAUUUAACCGUACUAACGAUUGGACCGGCGCCAUCAAAGCAAUAGCGCUCUGCUCCAGAGGCUUUUCGCGGGGGUCACUAUAAAGACUGACAGAAACCGGUAACCGCGCUAGAAAAAGUCUCUGGCACCCAGGGUAAAGCAUGAUAUGCUACACAUGAAAUAUAUUGUAGUUGUUCUUUUACCAUUGAGAUGAAACGAUAUACUACAUUUCAGUUCUAUGUUUUUAUUUUGUUAGGUUUGAAUUUGGUUUGCAAUGUCACGACAAAGGCAUAAUCAAAAGAUGCUAUCCACAACAGCUCCUUCACUGAGUAAAGAUGAGGUAUUAAAGUGUACAGGACAGAAAGAUAACUUUCUGCAGUUUGCCCGACUCAUAAUGGUUGCAGGUACUCGCCUUUUCAGAGACCUUUUUAACCAUGUGUGUCCACCUGAAACGCUUCGUGAGAAGCUCAGCUAUCUUGUUAAAAAACUUCCACGGGUAAACCACCAGGAACGUAAACGCCUGUACCCAUUAGGAGGAAGGUGUGUCACAUCUGAUGACUUUGACAUUUGCUUACUUUUUAAAUUGCUUCAAGUAUGUGGUUUCGAAGAACCAGAUGGUGGUUGGGAUGAACUUCCUAAAGAAAGUGAUCACAAAGUAUUAGAUGAAUUGGUAAGGAUCAAGUAUUAUCGAAAUCAAAUCUGUCAUCCAUGUUAUAACCACGAAAUUAGCGACGAAUCAUUUUUUGAAUUGUGGGAGUUCAUCAAAGGUGCUAUGAUCGGAAUUGCAAAGUAUCUUCCAGAGGGAAGUGAACCGUGGGAGUCAGCAAUUGAUCAACUUUCCAAGCUUCCCAUAACAUCAGCGGAGGAACAAUGUGCAAAGGAGUUAAAUGAGUGGUACUUUCGUGACAUGGACUUCAAGAAAGAAUUGCAAGAGGUCAAGAAUGUUUGCAGCCAAAUAUAUCUGGACACGAAAAAACUGUCGAAAGGUAUGUUCAAUUUUUUUCUGAAUAAUAGCAAUAUAAGAAGGUGUGAUAAAUCCACCCCAGUGUGCAAAGAAAGUCGUGUCCGAUAGCCCGUGGCUAGUGUAUUUUGCUAUCGGGCUAGUGAUUUUUGUUCUUAACUUGCCAAGUGCUGUUUUUUGGCGAAAUUCAAAUUACAGGAGGAUUGUAAUCAAUCCUGCUCAUCGAAAAGGGUCUUGGGGCUAGUUGAAAUGACUUGUGAGCUAGUACAUGCUAGCUACAGCUUGCCCGAAUGGCAGGCUGGAAAACUGACUCUCUUUGCACCCUGCACCCGUAGUCCACAAGUGCAGAAGUUUACAAUGCAACAAGAUGCUGUAAAAGUGUUCACCUUAUCUUUUAAUGGCGCAGUUAGCUACGCUUGAAAUAUGAGGUUAAGUAAAAACAGCAACGAGACAUGUGGUCCGCAAUCGGCAUGGUAGACGACCUCCAUAGUGUGAGCAUAAAGCCUAACUUAUACACCGUAUUCACAAAUGGUGAGCUGGCUUUUGAACUCGGUAUCAAUGUUAAGUUUGGGCCAACAUGUUUGCCGCUUUUCUCCAGCCAUCGCCCACUUGUCGAGCUUCUGAUGCUUCGGAAACCUACAAAAUCGUCCUGUUUCCUUGAAGACAUACGCGUCCCUUUUGAUUGCAAACAGCAAAUCAGUACUAAACAUUAAAAGCAGAAGACAUCCCACGUAAUUGUAUUUAAAAAGAAGUCCGUACAAAGUUAUUUUAGGUGGAAUCCGUGCUAAACACUCUGCAAGUUCACUGAAAGUCUUCAUUUGCAAUUUUUGUUUACCCUCCAACGCCUCGCUUUCAUGACUAGGCACCAGUUUUUUCCCGCGUGUCCGCCAUUUGUGAAUACGGUGUAUCUCCCUGGCGUUAUUUUUAAAGAUCCACGCGGGAUCGGACAAGUUCUAGUUUAUGCAUCGUCAGAAGAAAAGUCAUUUGCUGGACCAGCUCAAAGUAUGCUUUUUUCUAAUUGAUGCGACAAGAGGAGCCCGCUGUCCUAAUCUUCAGGUUGUUAUUACGCAUGCGUCACAUGUAUGUAGGCAGCACUCGUUUGGACUUCUACUAAGAAUUUAUGGAAUGCACAGAACGCACUAUGAUCACGCGCGUUUGGACCUUCUAACACUCGUAAUCUGAUCUCGUGUGUUUUGAUCAUCUGUCACGUGAAACUUACGCAAGGCACAGCGCUGGAGAAAAAGCGUUUUGACCUUCGAUCGUUGUCGCCCGCUCUCCGUAACCUUUGGUUGUUACUAGUUUUAAUUUGAUCAAGUUUACGUGAUAGGUGGAGUGGCCCGUCGAGGCGGGUUGUUCAGACCAGCCGGGGUCAAAUUUUGUUAUUUUUAAGGUGGGUUAGCCCGCCUAGCCGGGGUCAGAUUCGUAUUUACAUCAGAACAACUAACUUUGUAGCUUUGUAGACUUAUCGUAUCGUUAAAAGUAACAAUAGAGAGCCACAAUACUGAAAGGUUUAGCAAAAGCAACAAGCUUAAGUAAGAGCCGACAGAAAAGGAUCAGGGCCCCAAAACACGUCGUUUUCCCGCCAUUUUGUUUUGUUUACAUUCAUAGCGACCACCAGGCUAAUAAUCUUGACAAACUGCACCCGGGAUGGCAGGGUCGUAAGCUGGUUACCUUGACCUGGUGUCCCCCCAGCUCCAUGUAAACAGGCCCUUAACCACCGUGAAUAAAUUCCACGAGUUUCCUGCAGUCAGGACAUCCAAAGUCGGUCUUAGUGAAAUUGCAUAGCCUGUUUAGAACGAAAGACCUUGAAAACCAUAUUCUCUUUAGCAGCAAGCUAGUCCAAAUGGCCAAAUAUUGAAGUGCCCAUCACGUCUAGCCUACAAAGUAACAGGCUAACAGAUAAAGCAAGACUGGGAUAAAACGCAAAGUUAACUUUUCAAAAGGCACUGCGUCUUUCUUCUUCGGAGUCUACCAAAUAAUGAUUCUGGUUAAUUUAAAAAGGAAGGGAUGGCGGGCAAUAUAUAAUCACACUGAUAAUCAUGAUAAUAACCUGAUAUACUAUAAAAGAAAAAUGUUAACUUUAAAAUAAGAAAACAAAAAAUUAGAAAAGUUUUAUUAAGAAUUUUUUUUUUAAAUAAAGGAACUUGUAACCGCUGGUUCUUACUGACAAAAUGAAAAGCUAAACAGGUACUACUUGCCUCAUGAUCAUUAUAGUUAUAUUUUUGACAUAAUAAUUAUAUUUGUUUGCUAUAUUACAUAUCAUUUAGAAAUGGCAGACUUAAAAGCCUCCGUUGCAUCAAUUAUCGACUCUUCGGGCAACAACAACAGUAACAGAGAUCCACCAGCGAUCGAUGCCAAAAACCUGCCAGCCAAGAGACUGUUAAAGACAAAGCUAGGAGAUCUUCCCUCAAAGAGUAGAGAACUUACCAAGCAAUUCUUCCUUGAUGCCAUUGAUAUAGAAAGGGACGGUGUCGGUAAGAUAAAUUACCCUUUUUGAUUGAAGAAAAUAUUUAAAAAAAUGAUCCCUUGCCUACAAAGUUAAGCAUAUAUGCAUUCUUUUUUCCUUGAUAUGGGAACAGCCCCGCCCCACCACAUGCGCUCAGUCGAAGUUACGAAACUAUGCAAGUAUAGAGUAUAAAGAACUCUAGUUGCAGUUUUGACUUGUAUAAUUGAGUUAACUAAUUAAUACGUUUUAUUGACUCCCUCAGGUGAUUGCUGUAGGGUGGUCUUUUUUACAGAGUUAAAACUGUCCUUGCAGGUCUCUAUGCAGCCGUGUGUGCCUUGAGUAUGGAAUGUGUCGUCGUUAAAAGAGUUUUCGACUUUGCUGAUGGGAAGCUUAAGAAAUCUGACACAGAUGCCUGGAGACCAAAUCAUGCAAGUGUUAUGGCCGCUUCUUUAACAGUUCACAUCCUCGGUAAUCCUAUGGCUUUCCAACACGUGCCUCAUUAUAAAGGUAACUGCUACAACUCUCCCCACUCCAGAAGCUAUAAGGGAAAUGGGUACUAGCUUAUAUGAUUCCUACGUAAGUUUAGUAACAUCUGUAAACCUGAAGAAGGCUGGUAUGGCCAGCCGAAAUAAUGUUAUGUUUAAAAAACAAUACACGUUGUUCUGAAUCAGCUUUGCAGUAGUCUUUGGACUUCGUUCUUGGGACCGUUUGUGCCGUGAUUGGUCGAUGGUAUUCAAGGCAACCAUUAACCAACCAUAAAUAUAUAGAUUUAGCCAGGGCUAAAAGCGAAGCUCCCGUUAAUAAAUUCAUAAUUUAAAUCAAACAAUAAACUUGUAAUCCACAGAUCAGGGCACAUUCAUUUGACUUUUGAGGCAAAAGCUGAGUGAUUUUAGAGAAAAAUCAGAAUUCGACCGUCCAAGAGUGAAACAAAUUUUACAUCAAGUUACUUGUACACCGAAAAAUACCAAUCAUGUUCGAUCACAGUAGAUUAGGCCUGGAAAACAAAUAGACCUAUUCGUGUAUUGUAUUUGCAUUAGCUGUAGCAUCAUAAUGUGGCAUUCACCAGUCUCUCCAACAUUGCUCCGUUAGAGAGACUAUGGAUAAUAUUAUUGGACAACCCCGAAAUAUAAUUUUAAGAAACACAUGCGCCACGAUAGUCCUUGGUGGCAGCCAAUUUACACGUUGCAUUCCUCUGUCUAAAAGAAAGGCCAAAAUAAAAAUCAGGCCGGAUUUUUUGUGUUCGACAAGUUUAGUUUACUAGUAAAUCUUGGUGACGAAUCUGGUGGCGUGUAAACCAGCCUUUUAAACAUACUUUUUCUCAUCACGUCUCAGGUAACCAGUACACAGACCUCGGACAGAAUUUGUUCUUUUUUGCCCUAUUUAAACUUAUAAUUCUGCAGUUUUUCACGAUUUUGCAAGAGAAUUUGCACUCAUUCAAUAUCCACGACGAUCAAAGCACGCGCUUCCUUUGCACAACAAAUUAUAGCAUUGAAUUAUAAAACGUUUUCUGUUAGAAAAAUCUGGUCCUUAAAAUCACUUUUCGGCCAGCCGGAUGGGUUCUCACUUUUGACAGGCACCAAAUUUGCAGUGCGAUUAAUAGAGUUACCAUUUACGCUUCAACAUGAUAGAGAAAUUGUUAUGUUUAGGUUUUAUUUCCCUUUAUUCAUUAAACUGUGUAUGAUUUUGUUUUGUAAUCUUUAAAAGCGAGUAAUAUUUACGCGCGGCGUUUUGAGUAUUCCUACAUGCAAUGUUUAUGUCUGGAAACAACCGGUGCAGCGAUGAAAACUGCGAGAGGGACUACUAACAAUCAAUAAAAUAAGUUUAAUUCGGUGAAACAUGUACACAGACAAUAAUUUUCAUUCACGAAGAGAAGUAUUGAGAGUAAAGUGUCUCAGAAAAUCAUGAGUCAGGCAAGCAUAAGCUUAUUUAUGUUUUAAGCCGGCUUCCCGGUGUUCGCUCUUUUUCAAGAUGAACUCGAGGCAAGAAAAUCGCUCAGAGCUUUCUGUUUACAGCCCAAAACAUAACUAAAUAAUCUUCGGAACCUUUUCUUUGAAUUUGCGGGUCAAAAAAUGUCUAAAGGCUUUUUAAACCUGAUACUAUUGUAGGUUAGAUCAUUGCUCGUGUUUUAACUUAAGCCGCAUAAACCAUACGCUCGACUUCAGGAAACCGAAAAAAAAAAAACAUCAAAAACAAUAAUGGCUCAAGCUUACCAGUCGAGAUGCUGCUUCUGAAGGUCAUCAAGUGUUCCAGAAUCGCUUGGGACUUUUCAACCUUCUUACGCCUCAAGUAAGGGCAAGCGAGUAAGCUCAUUUUUGAAAACAAUGCCAUCCGAAAUCGGAUUUCCAAUGACUUUGACAAGCGGUGCAUUUGUCAACAAAAAGCGCAAUAAACAAACCAGCCACGAAUUACAUGUACAGAACAACCUUGAUAGCAGCUGUAUUUCAUUUUUUACACCAAGUAGAAAAAGACAGUUUAAAGCAUCACAAGAUGGCACAAAACUCUCUCAGCUCCAGCUAUCAGUAAGCAAGUUUCCAGACGCUGCAAAAAUUUUCCGCAUAAACUCACCUGUCAAAUUUUGACCAAUCAGAACAUAAAAAUUGGACGUAGAGCGUGAUCAACGCGUGACAGUGAGAAAAGUCAAAAGCGAUUGCCUUCCCUGCAUGUAAAUGUAAAAGCCGGUUGAAUUUUCGUGUCCGAGAUCAGUUCGAAAUCAACAUUUUAAAAGUGCGGCUCAUGAAACACGACUUAUUUCAUACGCAUUUUAAAGGUCGAUACCUGAGCCCGCGAUACGGUCAGGCGAUACUGGUCAACAGAAACACUGUUUUGACAGCUGUCAAUUAAUCAAAACAUGGAAGUACAAUAUCAGGUUGCAAGCUCCCAAACUAGCUAGAAAGUGUGAGAUUAAACAUUGGUAUGCCUGUGGUGCGGACGGACGGAGGGUCGGGUGGUCGGUGUACGGUCACGUGAUUGCCGAAUUUUCUAGGAUGGAUAGAUUUUCUAUAAAGCUAUGGGGCUUCGAAUUGAGCCCGUGAUCAAAUAAAAUAUCAGCGCAAAACUUUAAACACUACGUGACCUCAAUAGAUAGAAAAAUGAGCCCGCGAUCCACUCAGGUGACGAUGGUCAGCGUAUACUCUAGUUUGACAGCUGUCAAUUAACCUUCAUUAGAAUGGCGAAUAUUCGAAUUAACAGACCACGAGUGUGAGUAGGACAUUUCCGUCCGGCAUGUAGUGCAAAAUGCCAGAUCGUGUACCUGAGCGAACCUGAGCCCUUCUGAUAGCGGUCUGCACAUGUCCCAUUUUGACAGCUGUCAAUUGACCUUAAUUUGGCCUGCCAAUGUAACUUUAAACGACUGUCAGCCAACUGACAGCCUUGCCCGGCGUAGUUUCGUUUUUAUGUUGAAUUGGUAAGUGUGACAUAUUAUAUCAGCUUAUAUAUAGGGGCAAAACGACUGGUCUUUUAUCUGAGCCCGCGAGACGGUCAUGUGAUAAUUGUCAGCGGAUGUCUGAUUUUGACAGCUGUCAAUCUAAUCGUACUCAUACGGAUGGCUUACAUAACUAAGAGGCUAGUCAAGUUGUGCAAGAUCUAUUGUGACAUUUGACAUCGGCUUACAUGAAGUGUGUGUACGGACGGGCGUACGCUACGUCAUAACCAAAUUUUCUGGGAUGGAUGGUUUACCAGAUUUUCUUACCCAUGGUGCUCCGCUGCGCGCGCGCUUCGCGCGCGCGGGAGCUCCGCUACUAACUCUUGUCCACUCAAACGAUCCCAGAAAUCAUUGCGCUUAAAGCUAGUACCCAAUCCCCUUGAAGUGGGGGAUUUUCAUUCAUUGAUCAUGUUUCAUUAGGUGUCCUAAUUACAAUUUACAAUUCUCUUAGCUAACCUGUGUUUGACUACUCGGUGACAUUGUUUGGGACAAAUUAGAUCAGGGACUUGCUACUAAACACCUGAUAUUGCAACGUAAUAAUAUAACCUUCCAGUGUUACGAUGUGCGUUCAGCACAAAUGCGAAGGGGAGGUCUCGCCUUAAGGCGGCGAAAGCAUUUUUAAAAACCUUGUACAAGUGUUUGAUACAGUGAAUCAAAUGUACUUAGUAAUGAAGAAGCCCUCGCGAGUAGACCAGUUAGUGGCCUUCUCACUCAGGGUCACUGUGUGUGGAAAAAAACAUAAAAUACUCUUGUGAUUCAUAAGUAUACUAAUGAAAAAAGUCCACAGAUAAUAGGAAAUUGUAAUCUUCUCUAUGAAUAGUCUAUGUAUGUUAUUCGUCUUUUUUGCAGGUGCAGUGACAAAAGAUGUUGAAACCCAGACAGAGAUAACCAUGAAUGAUAAAUUGUUCCAACAGUCCGUUAUUACUACAUGCCAGGGAGAGAAUCCAGACGGUAAGGCACUUCGAUAUGGUAGCUGCUAAUAGACAUUGAAAAUAAAUUUCACCACCUGAUUAACUGAAUUUCAUAAAUAGAAUUCACUCCCACUGUCCACACUUCAUCAAUGAAACAGUCGCGUGCCCAGACUUCUCAGGUAAAGCACGCGUUCCACUAUUUACUUCUAUGGGUAUUGCCUUACCACGGAUGAAGUGUGGAGUUUUUUAUUUAGUAAUAAAAUGAAUAAACAUAGAUGGUUUUCAAAACUGCAGUUGAAAUAAGCUCAUCGCUAUAGCCCACGUUCGAUUAUAUCAAAUUCUAAGGGACCGGUCAUUAUUUAUCGCUUGGGGGAGGGGGGGGGGCGGAGGCUUUUAGGGGGGAUCAUUUGAUUUUUAGGAAAACAGAAGGGGGGGAUCAGUCGUAACUGAGAACCCAAAAGGGGGGAUCGCUGAAAACUUUGGAAGGAUUCAGAGGGGGGACCACUCAAAUUUGCUUGGAAAAUGAAGACAUGGGGUGGAGGGAUAAGGAAAGUCAUCAAAAGUUAUUAGGGGGGAUCACUUCAGUGAAAUAACAUUCAAAGGGGGGAUCGGCUAAACUUGCAAAUUUUUCAAUACUCUAUUGUCACGCAAUUCCCAGAAGAGACUUGAGCACAAAGUAAAUCAAACCAAAUGACGAAAAAUGACCAGAAAGCCUCAGCGUCAUGUUAAAAUUUUAAUAUGUCGAACGUGGACUAUUUAAGUCGCCGAAACUGGAUGUUAGAGGGGUGGGAAAAAACUUUGUUGGUUUCCAUUUUUGUUUGUACUUGUUGCUGUCUCAACAGGGCAGUCAUUGGAAGAAGGAUUGAAAAGAAAGGCAGCAGAAGACAUUGAUCGGGUUGCCAAGCGACCAAAGUAGACUAUAGACCCAGUAAGUUAUGACUAUUUUAGGCUAUGCCCAUAAUCUCGUACCUAGGUCUUACCCUUUCUGCUGAAUAGGAAAAGAUGCACGUAAUGUGAUGAUGCAUACUCUGGGGAACAGUUCCUUCAAAUUUCGUCUUCACCGCGUGCAUAUUUGCGCAUAACGCGCGGAAAGACAAAGAGAGAAUUUCAUUGAGUUUAUCAAAUGUCCUGCAUUGGGAAAACAAACGAUCUAAAGAGGUCUUUUAAACAUGAUUUAAUUUUUAUCAGCUAACCAAAAGGCCUUUUUUCGAGGGACAGCUGUUGAUCGUUUGGGAGACAAAAAAAAGAAACAAAGUCAGCAGGAAUGACUCCGCAUUUCACCAUCUUGUUGGUAGCCCUCUCUCCUCCCCUGAGAGGCCUCUUUGAGUCGUAGGGAGGCUGUGGAGAAGGGAAAAGAAAAUUGCUAUUUUUAGUGGGAUACCCGGAGGGGGGGAAGAAUCUGCGGAGGAGAGAUUUGGUAAUCCUUAUCUACUCAGGCGUGGACCUGGCGUUUCGUCAGGUCCAGUAAAGGGCAGAUAAUACGCCAUCCCGCACGCCACAUGACAGAUAUGCCUCGCUGAUGACUCCUACCUGAGGUGGAACCAGGGUCCGCACAGUCUUGAAAAGUCCUUUUAAUUAAUUUUCUUGAACUUUGACUGUAGUUGCCUGGAAAGUGUUUUUUGAUGCUUUUUGGUUGUCCAAGACAGAAUAUGAAUCAUAGCUCAGAGAAUUUAAAGGUUAUUUACACAAAGAGCUCAACGUGUUAUGCAAUAAUUAACUAUCAAUUUAAGACAAGUGAACUGAAAAAUGUAGAGAAGUUGGUGAAACAAACAGUUCCAGCCUUAAAGCCUUAUUAGAAUAGACUGAGAAUGUGCAUUUUUGUAGAAUCUGUGAAAUUACAUUGGUAGUAGGUGGUCCUUGAAAAUCUAAUGUGGUCACUGAAAAGUCCUUGAAAAAUGGUUGCUAUUUUUUGUUUGAGCCCUGGGAACCCCGGGGGCGGAACUAAUGCUGGAGUCAUUAUCACCCCCAUAAGCACGAUCCUUUAAGCCUCCGUCAGGUAGACGGAUUUUUUGGUGUGUUUUUCGUUCGUUUUUCAUUAAGUAACCAUUCAAACGAGAAAACGAUGGGGAAGGGGGCGAGAGAAAAACUCCCAGUCGGUUUUCUCGGUUUACCUCUGUAUAACUUUCGCGCGGCAUUGUCUCUUUCUUUACGAACUAUAAACUCAGAAUACACCAAUAAACUGCCUGCUUCGCACUCAACGAUCCUUUUGGCCAGCGCCACCUGCGGCCGUAAUGUGUAGCUGGAUAAGAGCUUUGGGCAGGCGUAUCGAGAAAACUUAGCAUUCACUAUCACUUCAUUUUUGCUGAUGACGCUGGUUUUCUUUAAGUUGUAUUUUAUCGUUAAAGUUAUUGACAUUGUUUUUUACUUAUCCACAGCAUUUGCGUUAUGUCGAGACUUCCACACCAGAGCAGUCCAUAGAAAUGGUGUCAAGCAGGAAGCAAUUAUUUUUUUAUUAGUUCUUGAAAAGUUGUGUUUUAGUUCAUAGGCGACUGAAUAAAAUAAGGCAGGCCCUAAUGAAAGCAAAAAAAUGUCAAUUUCUAAGAACUGGCAGUUUUCAAUCCGAUUUCAACUAAAAGCCUUUUUGCUGUUGAAAACGUCAGCCAAUGAAAUUUCUCUUUGGCUCUUACGGACCGGUCAUUAUUUAUCGCCUUUGGCGAGGGGGAGGAUUUUAGGGGGGAUCAAUUGAUUUUUGGGAGAACAAAAGCGGGGAUCAGUCGUAACUGAGAACCCAAAAGGGGGGUUCGCUGAAAACUUUGGAAGGAUUCAGAGGGGGGACCACUCAAAUUUGCUUGGAAUAUGAAGACAU